AUGGCUGCAAACCCGCAAAUUGAUAUCCCAAGAGGGUGGGACGACAGUCGAUUUGCAGCCUUUGUUCAAGAGACUGCAUUUGACACUUCCUUAAUGGGAGUGACACGUCGAUUCAAUGUUAAUCUGGGGUUUUCGGGUUGUCCCAGGAGGGCAGGACCUUUCAAACCUCUCCUUUACUUCGACAAAUCCUGGGACAGGGCAUACACAAACGUCCACGAAUUUAUCGAUAAGCAUGUCCAGAGAGCUCUUCAGGACCAAAGUAGGCCUGAUCAGACCCACAAGCAGCGUUAUGAUGCCGAAAAGAAGGAGUAG